AACAACACGGUCAAUUAAGUAGUUUUUUUAUUUAUAACUCUUACAUCGCUUUAAUAUCAACGUCAGCUCUUGAUUAUAAAUAAUAGCUGUAGAUAAUAUCAGUUGAUUUGUUUAUUGUUUAACGAGUUUAAUAAGGAGAAAUACAAAACGGAGUAAAAAUGUAUUUUUGAAGCAGAGGCUGUAAAAAAUAAAAAUAGCGGCUGCUCCAAAAACAUAUUACACAUACGUAUAUGUGCGUUUGUGCACCUGUUAUCAACCGCAGCAAACUAUCAUCGAAAACUUUCUAUUCUCAUCAACAGAUGUCUCGAGUAUACCAAUAACCACACGAUCCCUUAUAAGCUUUUAUAGCUACUAUGGAAUUGGAACACCGUACACCAACACACGUUUAACACUGCCGCCUACCCGUGUGAUAGAGCGCAGCUAAAGGUACAAGCUAAAGUUGUUUACGCGUUCAGCGCGCACAGUGCAGUGCAUGCUCGGCGAGCAAACGAGACGGACUUAACUUUAUACACGUAUACAUAGCCACAGCGACAGAGACGCCGCCGUCGUCGCAGCAGUAGCGUUGCGGGUCCGUGAAGUGUGAGCUGAGAGCUAAGCGGGGCCCAGCCCAGUCUCUGGCAUUCCCUCGCGACUGACAGAGUACGGCGCCACGCUGUAUAUAUAAUAAUCGAAUCAAAGCUCUGCGUCUGUCUGUCUCUCUCUGGCUCUUUCAUUAAGGGUUCGCAUCGAGGAGAGAGAACAGUGUUCGAUCGUCCGUACGGCGUCCUCGCAGCGCGCGUGGUGCAGUUUGAUUUCAUUUUUUUGUUUAAUUUAUCGGCUGUUUGCAUCGCAGGAAGAUAUAACAACGAAAAGCGCAAGGAAGGAGAAGUAGGAUCAAGGUGUGUGAAAGAGAGUUAUAACAAAAGUUCCUUGGGGCUUUCUUUCAUGGAUAACUCAGUGGCUUGAUACCGAGCGAAGGAUCUCUGGAGAGUGAGUUAAACGCAGAGGAGAAAAAUGCCGGAGGAACGGAAGCCAAGCAGCGUUGAGCCGCCGCCGUCGUCUCAGCCGCAACCUACCACGGAGAAUGGGGUUAACUCGCCGAGUAAGAGUCCUCAUAAUAAAGGCAAACUUACACUCGCCAGGAUUACGCUGCUUGAUGGCAAUGUGAAAGACUUUAAUAUUGAGAGAAAAGCAAAAGGUCAAGAUUUGUUGGACAGAGUGUGCGCGAGUUUGAAUCUUGUGGAGAAAGAUUACUUCGGACUAAUUUACGAGGACAAAUAUGACUCGAGAAAUUGGCUCGAUCUACAGAGGAGAAUCUCAAAGUUCCUAAAAAACGAACCUUGGAAAUUCAAUUUCGAAGUGAAGUUUUAUCCACCCGAUCCAUCUCAGUUACAAGAGGACAUUACGCGCUAUCAGUUGUGCCUGCAGAUUAGGAAUGACAUUAUUACAGGACGAUUGCCAUGCUCAUUCGUUACCCAUGCGCUUCUUGGCUCGUAUCUCGUGCAAUCAGAGAUAGGCGAUUACGAUAGGGAAGAACAUGGCAAGACAUAUUUGAAGGACUUUCAAUUUGCGCCUAAUCAAACACCUGAGCUCGUCCAGAAAGUUAUGAGUCUUCACGAAACGCACAAGGGACAGACACCUGCAGAAGCUGAAUUGCAUUACCUAGAGAAUGCAAAGAAACUAGCCAUGUACGGUGUCGACCUUCAUCCUGCAAAAGAUUCCGAAGGUGUGGAUAUCAUGCUGGGCGUCUGCUCAACUGGCAUCUCCGUAUACAGAGACAGAUUGAGAAUCAACAGGUUCGCGUGGCCGAAAAUUCUGAAAGUUUCUUACAAGAGGCACAACUUUUAUAUCAAAAUUAGACCGGGUGAGUUUGAGCAGUUCGAAUCGACAGUUGGAUUUAAAUUAGGAAAUCACAGGGCAGCCAAGAAACUUUGGAAAACAUGUGUCGAGCAUCACACUUUUUUCAGACUCAUGAGUCCUGAGCCUGUUAAAAAAGUUGGACUACUGCCCCAUCUAGGAUCGAACUUUAGAUAUUCAGGACGAACGCACUACGAAACAAAAAAGAUUCCGAUCGACAGGCAACCACCGAAGUUCGAAAGAUAUCACAGUGGACGAAGAAUGACCUCGCGUAGUAUGGACAGCUCGUCACAACCUGUGCUUUCAGCUUUAGGUGCGCAGAAGAAUCUUGAACCUUACAGUUCCGAGCCGAGCAAAAGGCAUACUAUGAGCUACGAACCGGAAACGUUACCGACCAUGGAGCACAUUGAUCAGAAACCAAGUCCCAUUAAAAAGAAAGAAGAGCUGACGCGAAAAAUAAGCGCUGGAACGACGUCAGCCAGCAGUGCGAGUAGCCUGGAAGGAGAGUAUGACGCCACUGGCAAGAAGCCUUUCGGUGGUAUCGCGGUUCUACCGACCAGUCUAUCGAAGAAGAAAAAGGAAAAGGAUCAGAAAAACGAAAACGAAAAGGAAAAUCGCAAUGAUCUUAACAAAUCCGACAGUGUAAACGAGAGCAUAGCUCUUGAGCCAAUCAAUGAAAAAACACCACCGAAAAAAGACGCGAAAAAGAAAGAUAAGAGGACGCCAGAGAAGCCCGAAAAGGAGAAAAAGGAGAAAAUCAAGAGCCCUGUGAGUGCUUUUGGGCUGUUCGGUAAGCGAGAUAAGGACGAGAAGCAGAAGAAGAAUAAGAAGCUUGACGAUUCCAUGAAGAGUGAUCAAGAGUCCGAUGUGUCAAUCUCAGAGAAAGCAAAAACACCCGAUGAGAAAUCGGACGCUGAAAAACCACCGUUCACCAAACCUUACGAGUAUGUGGAACGCGAGAUGUCGCCGUCGAAGAAACGAGUUGGUCCUCAAGGUUUUACCUACGAGACCAACAAACCGACUUCACCAAAACUUCAAGAUCAACAGUCGCCUACUUCUGCUGGUAAAAAAGCUACUGGUCUAGCCUUCAAUUAUGCGCCCGGUGAACAGAAGAAAUUAGAAGAGCAAGCAGAGAGGAGGAAAGUGAAGACUCCCGAGCCGAUAACGACGGCUCCUGCUCUCCAGACCAUGGGUAUUAAGACACCUGGUCUGAACUACGUCGAGUCUGCAGGAUUAAAGGAGCAGCAAAAGGGUGUGGCCCCACCAACUACGCCUCCCGCGACUAUUACUAAGCCAACAGUACAACCACCUGCACCACCCACGACAGUGCCUGGCAGUGGCAAAGACCCCAAGAACUUGUCCGCAGCGUUCAUCAAGGGUGAAGCUCAAGCUAAAGAAGCUCAGUCUGUUCCUGGUGUUAUCGUUUCUGGUACUGAGAAAGUUGACACUGAUUACCACGUACUGCCACUUCCAGAUGGUUCAAGAAUCAUCGGAGGAGUUAUCUUCACCAAAGAUGGCAAGCCUCUAGAUCAGAGCAUCCUCGGACCGGAAGGUUCUCGUGUUAUCGACGGCAAGGUCUAUUCGAAAGACAACAAACUUGUCAAGAAGGCCGACUUUGGACCACACAGUCUGCACGUUAUUGACGGUAUAAUCACUGGCAAGGAUGGUAAACCAGUGUACCAAGAAGUCCUUGGAACUAAUGGUAACUCUAUCAAAAAUGGCCUUUUUUACGGUCCCGAUAAUCAACUUCUUAACAAACACGCUCUUGGACCCGACUACACCCUCGUUAAAGAUGGCAAGAUUGUAUCUAAGAAUGGCAAGCCAUUGCAGUAUAACAAACUGGAAGCUGACGGAACGUACAUAAAAGAAGGUCUGGUAUUUUCUCACGACAGUAGGCCCUUGACUCAAGGUUUCUUUGGUGCCAAUUACAUCGUCGGUGGUAUUGUUUGCAAAAAUGACGGCAAACCUGUUACACAAGUUGCCCUCUUACCCGACGCCACUUACAUACAUGAUGGCUUAAUUUAUGGGAAAGACGGUAAACCUUUAGAUAUCGGAGAGCUUGGAAAUGGGGGUACUUGGGUCAGGGAUGGCAAAGUUUACGAUAAACAUGGCAAACCUAUAAAACACGUCAGCUUCGCAUCAGAUGGUGCAUCAAUCAAAGAUGGUAUAGUCUACGGCAAGGACGGUAAAUUCUUGAACCAGGGUUCAUUGCUACCCGCUGGAGCUCAUCUGUUGAAUGGUAAAAUUGUCGGCAAAGAUGGCAAAUUCAUUAAACAUGCUUUCUACAAGCCCGAUGGCAGUUUUGUCAAGGACGGUAUAAUCUACGACUGUGGAGGACGUCCCCUCAAUCAGAUUCCGCUUAUUGCUGAUGGUGCUUACGUCAAAAACGGCAUACUUUACGACAGAAAUGGUAAGCCACUCAACCAGAAUCUGUUCAAAGCGAGUAACACUGGUAUUAGAGAAGGCGUGAUUGUAAAUUCGGAUGGUACCGCAUUGAAAGAAGGUAUUUUAGGCCCCAACGAUCUGAUUAUCAAAAAUGGACUAAUCAUGAGCAAAGAUGGCAAGCCAGUGAAACAUGAAUCAUUAGGAUCAAACGGCAACGUUGCCAAGAAGGGUCUAGCUUACUCUAAAUCUGGAAAAUUGUUGAAUCAAGAUGCUCUAGUAUCAGAAGGUCUUUCUAUUAAAGACGGUAAGAUUGUGACUAAGGACGGUAAACCCGUCAAAUUUACGAUCUUCAAACAUGAUGGCAGCUACGUUAAGGAUGGUUUGAUCUACGGACAUGACAACAAGCUAUUGAAUCUCUGCUCAACUUUGCCCGAAGACAGUUAUAUCACUAAUGGUGUGAUUUUAGAUCACACUGGUAAGCCCCUUAACCGAGAUAUCUUCGGUUCUGAUGGAUCAUACGUUGCGAACGGACUGAUUCACGACAAAGACGGAAAUAUUAUUACCGAAGGUUUCUUUGGUCCCGAUGGAAACAAAAUUAAAGAUGGAUUGAUUAUUGGAAGGGAUCACAAGCCUUUAACUCAAGAUGAACAUGGACCUGAUGGUCUUGCGAUAAAGGAUGGUAAAAUUGUUGAUUCCGAUGGCAAGCUGAAGAACCAGUCAUCUCUGCUUCCUGAUGGCUGCUAUAUUAGGGAUGGAGUCGUUUACGAUGUCAACGAGAGGCCGCUCAAACAAGGGGUCUUCAGAACUGAUGAGACUUAUAUCAGGGAUGGUUUGAUCUGUGGAUGGCGUGGACAGCCGUUGAAUCGUGGAACUGCUUUGCCCAGUGGAUACUACGUUGAAAAAGGACGACUGUACGCAAAAGAUUGUCAACCAUUGAACCACAGUUCAUUUGGUCCAGAGGGCGGUUACAUUGAGAACGGAUUCAUCUACGGCGUAGACCGGAAACUAUUGAAACGAGGAACAUUCGGUGACGACGGAAGCUACGUUCAGGAUGGUUUGAUUUACGGACCCGAUAGAACACCUCUCAACAGAAAUUUAUCCAUCGUGACUAUUACGUACUACCGAUAUGGUCUGGUUUGCGACAAAAAUGGCAAACCCGUCAAAGAAGCCAUCUACAACGAUGAAGGUGCAACUAUUAAAAAUGGAAAAGUUUACGAUCGAAGCGGUCAGCCGCUUAGUCAAAUGAAAACGAACCCGGACGGUACAAUUGUUAAAAACGGCCUGACACUUGGAGUUAAUGGAAAGCCGCUACUUCAGGGCCCUGUUGCUCCUGAAACUGCUUACAUUAAACACGGCAAAGUAUAUGAUGAUAAUAACCAGCUACUUACUCAAGAAGCUUUCGGUCCUGAAGGUUUAAAAGUCAUGCAAGGUAUUAUCGUUGAUGAAGCUGGUAAACCCUUAAAACAUGCUUCUUUCGAUUUCGAGGGUAAUGCUGUAAAGGACGGUAUAAUUGUGACGCCUCAAAGCAAACCGUUGGACAAAUACUACACGACAAUCACGAUAACGUUAAUCAAGAAAGGUUUGAUUUGUAACAAAGAUGGCACGCCGGUAUCUAGCGGCGGCUACUCCGAAGACGGCAGUUACGUGAAAGACGGAAAGAUCUACGAAAAAACUGGGAAACCCAAGAAUCAAGAAUUGUUCGAUGAGAGUGGUGCCUUUAUCAAAGAUGGUGUUAUUUUUGCAAACAGCGGUCAACCUCUUGAUAAGGAAGACGUCAGUAUGAGAGAUCUAAAAGCAUUUGCUGCCAAGAUGAAUGUACCUAAGCAGAAGAAGGCUACUGUGUCUGUCAGUACACCGACGAUUGUCAAGUCAACGACUAAGCAAUCAAUGAUCAAGGACCAAGAGGGUGUCACUCAAAACGUCGUUGAGAGGGUUGAGGAUCUUACUCCGGGUGGAACUGGACAGGUUACUGUUUCCACGCACACGAAUAAGGCCGAGGCACCUAGCGAUGGUUCAGCUCCGUAUAUAUCAGCAACUGCAGUUACCACCCGAACGGCAACGAUGCACGAGGAUUUAGAAAAGAAUCAGAAAACUAGCCAGGUUGAAGAAAAGACUGUAGCACACACCACCUCCACAAGUGCCACUAGGCAAGAACAACGCACGAUCACACAAGAAGUUAAAACUACAAGUCAUGUACUCGCUGGAGAGCAGCUGUUUUUACGACGACUCAGUACAUCCAGCUCAAGCAGUUGCGAUUCCGGAACACCCAUUGAUCUUGAUGAUGAUCAACAAGCUUUCUGCAAUCAAUACUACCAGGGUGAUCCAGCUGGAAUAGUUGCAACGGAAAGUCACGUCUAUACAGGUGAACCAGAGAAUAAUGUAACCACGACGACAACGGUGCCUUUAGUGGCGACAGAGUCCAGGAAAGUUGCGGUUGAAAGCGAAGAUGGAAAUUACAGCGCUACAGGCGAAAUUGUUAGCUCACAGACUAUUUCAAGCAAAACUCGUACUGUCGAGACGAUAACCUACAAAACUGAACGCGAUGGUGUUGUGGAAACACGAGUGGAGCAAAAAAUAACGAUCCAAUCAGACGGCGAUCCAAUUGAUCACGACAAAGCUCUUGCUGAAGCAAUACAACAAGCUACAGCCAUGAAUCCUGAUAUGCAGGUGGAAAAGAUAGAAAUUCAACAACAGACGGCACAGUAAGGAUCGUUUGAUAAAAAACUACAGGGUACCCUAAAUGUUAAAAGUAACAUUUGAAAAUCAUUAAUUUAUGGAAUGGAUGUUCCAUAAAAAUCUUGAAAUGUGUUCAUGAGAAAUACAAAUGAAAAGCUAUUCAUUUUAUCGUAUUAUUGAGAAUAGCAAAUCGUCAAUUAUGAUAAUCGACGAUUCUAUUUUUAGCUUGUGUUUCAAUUUACUUUAAGAAGUAAGGAUGCGUGCAUUCAGCUUCGCAAAUGAUAGAUUUCAUUAAAUUGCGUGGAAUCGCGUAUCAUUAAACGUACUAGAUAUACAUUGCAUUGGCUUGAAAAAAUCAACAGGGUACCCUAUCUACGCUUCGCUUGAAGAAAACAAAGACUUCUAUAAGUGUGAGCAAUAAAAUUGCUAUGCAUAAAUGUAUGAUAAUACAAUCGUUUUUAAUGGAUAGAAUAUCGAGGAAAAAGUCAUGAUUCGACCGCGAUUCAAUCAAGAUCCACUCUCAUAUUUUACUGUGUAAAUUCAUUUUUUGUGCAUUGACAUUGCCGAGCUUCAGCAUUUUUCUCAGCAUUUCUAAAACGUUACGUGUGUGUUUUUAUAACGUGGAACUUAGUAGUUCACUUAGAAGCACGACAUUUAGACGUAAUAUACCGAAUCUGAUGUGAUGAUCGAAACGUAACAGUUUUUAGCUAUGUUACGAGAUUGCCUGUAUAAUACGAUACUUUGGUAGAUAUUUUAACAUUUUACACAGCUAUUAGAUACUGAUAUAAAUGCUAGAGAGUCAGAGGUGUCUUGGAUAUGAAAUAUUAAUAUAUUAUACAUAGUAUACAUAUAUAAUAUUCUUAACUCGAGAAUUUAAGUAUCGCCACUACUUGAAAAAAUUAAUUUCUUGAAAAAUUGCUGAUUUAAGAUAUACAACAUAAAUAUGGCAAAGGGUUGAUAAAAAUGUGUCAUUUUUUUAAGUUCUUUGCAAAAUAUUAACUGUAACUAUUAAUUAUAAUAGAUUAAUAAAUUAUAAAUACAAAAUACCAAUAGCGACGAUGCUUUGGUCGGCGUAUAUGUCUAAAUAUAGCUAUAAAGUGUGUAGCUCUAGAUCUACAUUCUUUGAAUGAAUUUUGUUGAUUUAAAGAUAUUUUACUUUAUGUUCACUAUCCAUCCAUUAAAAGCAGCGAUACUUUCAAUUAAGUUAACUUGAUUAUUAUGUAAUUUAAAAUAAUUCAUGUUAAUGUUAAUAUGUGAAGUUGGACGCAUAAAAAAAAGAAAAAAUAUCUCCGCAAACUAUUAUACUUAAUAUGCUGCAAAUAAAUCUUAUCAUUAACGAUACUUUCAACAAUCAAUUUGCUCACAACUCAUAAUUAUUUUAAUUAAUAUUUGACUUGGAUAUAUUUUUAAUUAUUUUAUUUAGUCAAUUGACAGACGAUUAUUUUUAAAAGAAAAAAAAUGCUUGUAUUUUUAUUUUGUGACCAAAAGAAAUUGAACACAAUUUUAUGUACAUACUGGCCAGUUGAUUGAAUUUUAUGUACUAGCCAGUUGCUAUUCUCAGCAUCUCCAAAGUGGCCUUUUUAGCCUUGCCGUCGGUAACAUUAUUUACCGGAAGUUUUAUUCAUUCACAUUUUUUAAUAUUGUACCAUUCCGCGUUUGUAGCGAUUUUUGUAUAAUAUAUAGUGCAUUUUAUCAUUGAAUUAUAUUUAUUAUAACUUGCGCUUUAAAAAUUCUCCGUGCUCAAUUAAAGUAAUUUGAAACGCUGCAACAGUUUUUUAUUUUUAUAAAUUAUUUUAGUUUUUUGUAAUAACACUAAAUAAAAUUUUUAUACAUAUAUAUAUUUGAAGGUAACAACACCGUUAUAGUUGAAUGCUGUAAAAACAUCGUUUGUAAGUUUUUCAUGUAGUUUUUUGUUUCACCCUUUAUAAAUUUAACGUUUAUAUUUUAAUAACAAUUUAUUAUAUAUUGUAAUAAGUAACUGUAUGAAAUAGGAGAUCCUUUAUUGUGGGACUAAUAUUUACAUUUUGUACGAAGAUUUUAAACAUUCAGUCUCCUAUAUACGUCUUUUUUUCAUUGUAAAUUGUGAUUGAUUUUCUCUACAACGAGUUUA